UCCGGAUCCGGAGCGACUGAAAGGCGGAAGUGGAGGCCGGAGCCUGAAACACCGCCGGGGGGAGAGAAUCGGAACCUGGCCGAGCCCCGGCUCCAAGUAACGCCGCCGCCCCGGAGCCGCCUUGGAGCCCCCCUCCCCACUAAGUGCCUCUUUGCAUAGCGCCGGCCCUGCCCCACGAUCACUGGUACCUCUACAGCGGGAAGGGCCAUGGCGGGUCGGGGAGGUGCAGCGAGACCCAAUGGACCAGCAGCAGGGAACAAAAUCUGUCAGUUUAAGCUGGUCCUGCUGGGGGAGUCCGCAGUAGGCAAGUCCAGCCUCGUCCUCCGCUUUGUCAAGGGCCAAUUUCAUGAGUACCAGGAGAGCACAAUUGGAGCGGCCUUCCUCACACAGACCGUCUGCUUGGACGACACAACAGUCAAGUUUGAGAUCUGGGACACAGCUGGACAGGAGCGGUAUCACAGCCUGGCCCCCAUGUACUAUCGGGGGGCCCAGGCUGCCAUCGUGGUCUAUGACAUCACCAACACAGAUACGUUUGCACGGGCCAAGAACUGGGUGAAGGAGUUACAGAGGCAGGCCAGCCCCAACAUUGUCAUCGCACUCGCGGGUAACAAGGCGGACCUGGCCAGCAAGAGAGCCGUGCAAUUCCAGGAAGCACAAGCCUAUGCAGAUGACAAUAGUUUGCUGUUCAUGGAGACAUCCGCAAAGACCGCAAUGAACGUGAAUGAAAUUUUCAUGGCAAUAGCUAAGAAGCUUCCCAAGAAUGAGCCCCAGAAUGCAGCUGGUGCUCCAGGCCGGAACCGAGGCGUGGACCUCCAGGAGAACAACCCAGCCAGCCGGAGCCAGUGCUGCAGCAACUGAGCCCCUUGCCUGCCCACUGCCCCCACCUCCUCCGCCCGAACGACCUGACUGGAAUCCACUCUAACCAAUCGCACUUAACGACUCGGGCCACCACGGGGGGGUGGGGGGGACAGGGGGAGGGGUCCACCAUGAUUUCUCUAUAUAAUUUUGCUCAUAGGGUGAAGUGAAAUACUCCACCUGCACCUUUGUGUACAAAUACUAAUUCAAUUUUAAGUCUUAAGUCACUUUUUUAAUAUAUGUGAUCUCCUCUUCCCACUUCCUGCCCUUCCUACUGCUCUCCCGCUCUUCCUUUGCUGGUCGCAGCCACGGGCUCCUGUGCCCCCACCCUUCUACGUGAAGGAGGGGAUAGAGCAGUUACCCUUCCUUUUCCUCUUGCUGAUUAGCACAUUCAGCAAGAGCAUCUGUAUCCUUACCGUGUGUGGAGUGGGCUUGGUUACGGGCAGGCCUUAGGGGCACUGGAAGGGAGAGACUCCUCGGCUGAUGUCAUCAGGCUGCAGACCCCCAACCCCCCGGCCCUGACGCGCAGCUGGGAGAGACCACAGCAUCACCACAGCAUUAUCGUGACAGCCAUGAACCCAAUGCCCACAGCCCGCCCCCACCCCCUCGUCCUGGGUCACCCUGACCUCUGGCUCUGAGCCCUGUUCUGACCAAAUCACGAUAAGUAUUUGGGGAUGGGUGGGUAAGGGGGGGAGUGGGAGGGGAUGGAACCAACUUUUUCUGUAUUUUGUAUUGUAUGUUUUCUUCAACAUGUAACCAAUCAGUAUCUUGUCAAUAUAGUCAGCCGAUCGAUCGACCUC